AUGCUUAUACAGAUUCCUGUCCAGGAUUUAAAUAAGAAGAUUACAACAAUUUAACCUAAAUGGGCCGAAUCAAAAAUCAAACCUGUUCUUGAAUUUCUCAAAUAGAAUAGCUAAACUGAAAUAAAUUCUUUUGAGAUAGAAUAAUAAUUGCAAUAUAUAUUUGACACAUUUUUAGGAGAAAUUACUUUAAAAUUAGGGGAAGUAUAGAAAUAUUUUAAUGAAAAACUAAGAAUCCUGGCUGAAAAUGCUCUAAAAAAUGUAGAGUACUUAAGAUAGAGAGUAGAUUCAAUCUAUAAUUUAUAGGAAUUAGGAUUAGCUUUUCAAAAAUAUUCAACUGGCAUUUAUUCUAAAGAGUCAUUCGAUUAGAUAAUAAAAGAUUACUCAAUUAAAAUAUCAGGCAAUUCAGAAAUUUAAAAUAUUUAUACUUACAUCACUAAUGAUGGAGCCAAUCAUAAUUAUUUAGAUUUAAUCCAAAUAGAUUUACAUGGUUUUCACCAAUUUAAAAGUAGAGUUCUGGGUCAUCUAGCAAGAUUAAAUGAUUUUGAUUCAUAUUUACCAAUCAAAUACUCAUAACUACCUUUCAAAAACCAUGCCACUUUCAGUUGGAACAUAGUUCAAGGUUAAAACAGCCACUCCUUUAAUAUACAAAACAUACUUAAAAAUAUGACGGUGGAUGAGAUAUUUUAAUCUAAAAGCAAGAUAAUAUGUGUCUUAAAUCAAAACUAAAUAGUCUAAUAUAAUCAUAGCUAUAAAUUUGUUGGAAUCCUCCAUUAAUGCUAGUAAAAUGAUUUCUAUUUGGCACAUCAUAUAGAUCAAAAUUUAUAAUUAAUUGUUAAAUGGUAAGAACCAACAUAUAUACAUAUGUAUUCAAAUUUUCGAAAAAUAAAAACUUUGCAAAAUGCUUCAAUAAAUCCAAUAUAGCAAAUUCUUUUCAUUAAUAAGUAUAAUUUAUAUAGUAAGGGACAUGAAACUUGCAUACUGACACUUGAUAGCAAGGGGAUAAUAAAAGUGAAUCCACUCUCUAAUAACUAUCUCUAUGAAUUUACAUAUGGGUAAGGUAUAUUGCAAGUGUAGAUUUUACCAGAAUCAAAAAAUGCGCUUAAAUUUUCUACUAGUCAUGGUUUUGAUUCAAUUUUUGACUUACUUUUGUGUUCCUAUUAAAAAAAUUAAGUAAAAUUGGCCAUUAGAAGUCUCUUUUAAUCGCAACCUUUAUCUAGAAUUUGGGAUGAUGAAUCGUUGUCACAUAAACUUGGACUUACAGAGCAUUGUGAAGUUUAUUUCACAAUAUUUAAGUUGAGUCCUCAAGAGAAAAACUAUCUGAAGUCAUAAAAGGAUGUCGAAGGAAUCGAUUAUGUAAUUGUGACUCUAUUAAAUAAUUAUGUUACUCUUUGGAACUGGAAAACAGGUAACGCAAUUAAAAUUAUCGAUGUAUCUGAAAGUUAUGGACUAAGAACAAUGUAAUCAGUUCUUGGAAGUACUCUGCUUACUAUAAUUAUUCUUGUAGGAUUUGAUGGCUCCAUUUAUUGGAUUAAUUGGAUGCAAAAUAAAGUAAUGUCAUGUAAACUAAAGAUUGGAAAUGAUUUAUAGAUUCAUAAUAUGUCAAAAUGCUUAAACAAUUUAGGGUAAUCAGAAUUCAUUGUAGCUUUGAGAUAACAAACUCGAACAUUUAUGACUGUUGCACAAUUAAUCUAUUAUUGA